AUGAUGAGGGUUGCAUCCUUGCUGCUAGGAAGUCGCCUUGCUGGCCUCCGCCCUGCUUUUCCCUGCCUGUGUGCUGCUCUCCUACUAGCGCGCCCGACCGCUCUGCCCACUACGGCCACGCUCAGUGUCCUCACGUUCGAUCCGGAGGGCCGCCCGAUAGAGUUCGAUGCGUGGCUCGAUGACCUACAGCUGUUCUUACUGAGCGAUUCCAAGGAUGGAGUUUCAGUGUUUGACCUCACGUCUGGCGUCUCUCUCGCCCCUGCCGCCACAGCUGACAGUACGAGUCGCUCACAGUGGCUUACUCGUGAUGCUGCUGCUCGCUUAGCCGUUCGCAACCACGUGCCGUUAGCCGAACGCGCUCAUUUCGGACAGCAUAAGACUGCGAAAGCACUGUAUGACGCUGUAGUCGCUCGUUACUCCUCCCCGGCCACUGCUGCUCUAGGCCGCCUUCUCCUGCCCUACCUGUUCCCAGAGCUGUCCACCUUUACCACAGUAGCCGACCUCGUCACUCACCUUCGUACUAGUGACACUCGCUAUCGCGCUGCGCUUCCCGCCGAGUUUCUCACCAAGAACCCUCCUCCCAUGUACAUCACUCUCUACUUUAUAGUCACCCGCCUCCCUGACUCUCUUAGCGCUGUCAGGGACCUCCUUCUAGCCGUUGACCCCACCACCCUCAUUGUCGACCUACUCGAGAAGCACCUCCUUGCAGCUGAGACUAGCAUAGUCGCUGUAGGCGCUUCUCGUGGCACUCCUCGCACCCCCUUCUUUGAGGGGUGUUCGCCCUCCCCCCUUCUCCCCUCAGUCACCUCUGCUGCAGCUGUUGACUACCUUCGUGCUGAGGAGGUAGGAGCUGCGUCUGCCCCUAGUGAGAGGCACCGCAACGGCAGGGGCAAGGGAAGUAGGGGCGUUGGGGGCGGCAGAGGUGGAGGCGGUGGUGGGGGCGGUGGAGGCGGUGGAGGGGGCGGCGGUGGCGGAGGGAGUGGUGGUGGGGGUGGAGGUGUAGGUGGCGGCAGUGGUGGCGGCAGUGGGAGUGGAGGCGGCGGCAGUGGUGGCGGCAGUGGGAGUGGAGGCGGUGGCAGUGGUGACGGCCGGGAUGGUGACCGCACUGGUCAGACAUGUGCGAAGCUCCACACCCAGUACCGCUGCUUCUCUCAUCUUAACGAUGCCUUCCGCACAGAGUUUCCAGACACGGCAGAGCUCCCCCGUUGGGCAGAGCUGCUUAAGCAUGGUGUAGACAUCUUUGCUCUUGAUUAUGAUGCUAUACUAUCUGCCAUGUAUGCUUUGACUGUCACUGCAGAGGGUAAUUGUUACCUGUGUAUGCCGCCAGACCCAGAUAUAGAGGCUGCUGCUCUAGGUGCUAGUGAGUCUGCUACUCUAGGUGGUGGUGAGUCUUCUUUCUCUGGUACUGCGUCUGCUUCGGCCUUGCACACCUUCACGCUUGACUCAGGUGCUUCCCGCUGUUUCUUUCGCGACAGUACCACAGUCACACCACUCUCUGCACCUGUUGCUGUCUCUCUGGCUGACCCCUCUGGGGGCCCAGUCCUUGCACGUUCAUCCACUGUUCUGCCUUGUCCAGCGGUUCCGUCUGGCUCACUGUCAAGUCUCCACCUCCCCUCGUUCUCCACAAUCUUGGUGAGCAACGCAUUCCUUCAGGAUCAGUGGGUCGAUACCUUCACCCCUGGAGGACAGCGUGUGGCGAUCUAUACGUGCUCCCGGACUCGCAGGCACCUGGCCACGUUCACCCGUCGGCUAGGGUCGAGUCUGUACACACUGACUACUACGCCUCCUCAGGUAGCUGCGUCUGCGUCAGUCUCUGCCUCCCCUCCCACCCGGUAG